CCGCGUGUUCUGGACGCUGCCCUUGGAGAGGAGAUGGAGCCCGCAAAUCCGCCGAUUCCGCCGCCGCCGCCGCCGCCACCGCCUACCAGGAAGCCUACCAGGAAGAGGGGAAGGGGGGCGACGAAGGGCGACGACCCGGUCCCGGAUGAAGCAGCACCACCAUGCAAGCCGUCGCUGCCUCUGGCCACGGGGAGCAGAAGGGGGCGCAGCCAUGUACCUCCGCCACUCGGAGUUGGAGGAGACGGCGGCGAGGAGGGCGUCGACUUCGUCAGCCACCUCCCUGACGCCGUUCUUGGCAUCAUCAUCUCGCUCCUCCCGAGCAAGGACGGCGGUAAGACCAGAACCCUCUCCAAACGGUGGCGCCCUGUCUAGCGCACCACGCCGCUCAACCUCGAAGCCAGCGAUCUCGCCCCCGGCGCCAACGGGGCGGCGCUAGCCGUCCUCCUCACCCAUAUACUCCUCGCUCAUGCGGGGCCCGUACGCCGCUUCUGCAUCCCCGCGCAGCAGAUCCACGAGCGCCCCGCCAUGGUCGAAGGCUGGCUGACAUCGCCAAGGUUCAACAACCUCGAGGAGCUCGAGUUCACGGAAGACCUCUGCUAUAUGAGACAACUCCUUCCGCUGCCGCCAUCCAUUUUCCGCUUCUCCAACACCCUCCGCGUCGCUGCCUUCAGCCAAUGCCGCGUCCCUGAUUGCACCGACCUGAUGCUCCAGUUCCCCCAUCUCAAGCUGCUCUCAUUACGGCAGGUGAAAAUCUCCGAAACCUCCCUCCAUAGCAUCAUCGCCGGCUGCCCUGCCCUGGAAGGUUUGCUGCUCAGAAAUAGCUACGGAUUCCGAUGCCUCCGGAUCAACUCCCCUACCAUUAGAGGCGUCGCCUUCCAUUCUCCCUACUGUGGGAGUCACGGCGAUGGAGAGGUGGGUUAUCACUUAGAAAAUGUUAUCAUCGAAUUUGCUCCAUGUCUUGAAAAGUUGCUCCAUAUUGAACGCUCGAUGGGACUUGGAGUUCGUGUAUCCGUGAUUAUGGCACCCAAACUGGAGACAUUGGGCAUCCUAGACAACGUUAACGAUGUCUAUUCCCGACUCAAUUUCGGCACAGUGGUUUUCAAGGGAUUCGAGGUUGUUAACUUCACAAGGCCAGUGUCGAGUGUAAAGGUUUUAGCUCUCAUCAUGGAUAAUCUCAGCUUGGACAGGGUUAUCAAGUUAAUGAUAUGCUUUCCAUGCUUGGAGAAACUGUACAUCAGGGGGAUCAAAUAUGGGGAAACUAAUUACUGGCGCCGCAAAUAUGGGAAAACUAUCAAAAGCCUUAACAUAUGUCUCAAGACUAUUGUGCUGGAUGAUUAUCGUGGCUCGAAGCCGCAAGUUCAGUUCGCCAGAUUCUUCAUAUGGAAUGCGGCUAAGCUUGAGAAUAUGAUAUUUAUGAGUGGACCUAACAACGACAACACAUAUGUUAUUGCAGAACAGCCUAAGCUGCUGGAGUUUGAGAAAAGGGCUUCAAAAACUGCUCACUUUCAUUUUAGAUCCAAGAAAUGUUAUUAUGAUUGGGUGCAUAUCAAGGAUGUCCAUGAUUUGUCUCUUUCAGAUCCUUUUGAAUGUACCUGUUGAGACUGAUGGGUGAAAUUCUUGUACCUUUUCAAUAUUCGAGCUAGGCAAGAGGACUUUGCGGAGGUGCUCUGUUCGAAUUUAAGACUGAUGGAUGUUGUCACUGAGCUGAAGAACUAUAUUGAUCAUGUUGAAGAUUUAUCUUAAUUACUGUACCUUUGGAUGUUUAUGAAGAAAAGGAUUGAUGUAUUGGGCUGUUGUUUCUCAGAUACCAUUGCAUGUGUGUUGUUCCAUUUUUUGCUGUAACAGUACUGGUUAAUAAAAUUGU